UCGAUGUGAACGGGAUACAGUUAUCUAUAUAUAUAUAACAAUAAAGCGAAAAGCUUCGUCAAGAUGAUGGAAUCGUGUUUAAAUCAUAAGCCUGGGAGAGUUGGCUCUAUAACGGCUGAGGACGUCAGGAAAGAUCUUUUCGUCGAGUUUUCCAAAUUAUCAAGGGACUCGGUAUUGCUGGAAAAAGAGCAUCUACAGGUCUAUCUCCGUGUCCGCCCAUUCACUACUGCAGAGAGAACAGAAGGAGAAUCACAGGAGUGCAUCUCAAUUGAGCCUCCAGAUACCGUGAUUCUGAAGGCACCUAGAGCAUCUCUGACAGCCAGACACAGUGAGAGAUUUGGGUCACAGCUGGCACAACGAUUUCAGUUCUCACAGGUGUACGGUCCAGAAACGACACAAAGAGAUAUAUUUGAUGGAACAACCAAAAGCCUUGUGAAAGAAGUCUUGGAUGGAGGAAAUUCCUUGAUCUUUACGUAUGGAGUUACUAAUGCUGGGAAGACGUUUACUUUUUUUGGCCCUGAUUCAGAUGGUGGAGUUCUGCCCAGGUCAUUAAAUGUGAUCUUUAACAGCAUAGAAGGCAGAAAUUAUUCUCAAAAUAACAUCAAGCCUCACAGAUGUGUCGACUUUAUAAGACUCACCAAAGAGCAGCAGGAUGAGGAAGCUACAAAUAAGAGAAACCUUCUUCGCCGAUUUAAAGAUAUUGACCAGAAAACCCUGUCUAGCAUGUCCAGCUCCAGCUGUUCAUCAUUUGAAAGCUCCACCUCUAGUGACACGAAUGGGAACAGUGUCUGUUUGGAUGAGACCUCUUAUGUUAAAUUCUCUGUGUGGGUCUCCUUUUGUGAAAUCUACAAUGAAAACAUCCAUGAUCUGCUUGAUGUUGUUCCAAAUGGCUCUCACAGAAGGAAUGUUUUGCGGCUAGCCCAAGAUGUUAAAGGCAAUGCUUUUGUCAAAGAUCUAAAAUGGGUUCAAGUUAACAGUGCAGAGGAAGCAUUAAAAGUUGUGAAAAUCGGAAGGAAAAAUCAAAGUUUUUCAUCCACCAAGCUCAACAAUGUCUCUAGCAGAAGCCACAGUAUAUUUUCCAUUCGGAUCUUGCAUAUUGAAGAUGUGGGUGUUCCUCGGGUUCAGACAAUUAGCGAGCUGUCAUUAUGUGAUUUGGCUGGAUCUGAGCGAUGUGCAAAGACUCAGAACCGAGGAGACCGCUUAAAAGAAGCUGGAAACAUCAACACUUCCUUGCUAACACUAGGGAAAUGCAUCAGUGCUCUGAGGCUCAACCAAACGCAAACCAAGUUUCAUCAGCAUAUCCCCUUCAGAGAGAGCAAACUCACACAUUAUUUGCAGGGUUUUUUCUGUGGCCGUGGAAAAGCCUGCAUGAUCAUCAACAUAAACCAGUGUGCCUCUGUAUAUGAUGAAACCCUGAAUGUCCUCAAGUUCUCAGCAGUGGCUCAGAAGGUGGUGGUCCACAACCCUAAACCAGCUCCUAGCUUUGCACUCAAGAGAUCUGCCAGAGAUGUGUCCAUGAUAAUCAAUAAUGCUGACAAGAAGGAUUGGACCAGGAGAAGCUCGCUCAUGGGCUGGGAGAUGAGCCUAGAGGAUGUGCAGGAGGAUGAAGAUGAUGAAGAAAUGGGUGAGGAUGACGAUGAGGAGAGUGAGAGCAUGGAGGACAACACUGUUCUAGAGGCUACAGAAAGUCAAGAGCUGUGUGAGCUUCAGUUGAAAAUUGAAGAGCUCCAAGAGAAGCUGUCCAAAGAAGAGUCUGAAAAAUUAACUAUGGAAACUCGUAUUCGUGAGGAAGUCACUGCAGAGUUUAUGGAGCUGUUUUCUAACAUGGAAAAAGACUACAAUGAACGUCUUCAAAGAGAGAAAGAAAUUGUUGAGGAAAGAGCGGAAAGGAGGCUUGAGAUACUGAAGAAUCUGGUCAACAGAACUAUCGGUGAAAUUUCCACUGAUAGCAGUGAUGAUAAUGCUGCAAAGGAGGCUAAGAUUGAGCUUUUGGACAGCAUGAUCGAGGCAAUACGAGAUGAUUUAGCUAAGAUGAAAGGAGAUGCAGAGGCAGUACAGAAUUGCUUGACAAAUGUCCCUGAAUCACCCAGAACAAUUUGUCAUCUGAGGACAGAGCUGGAAGAGAUGAGAGAGGAGCUUCUCAAAAGCCAACAACAUCUCAGUCUUAAAACUAAAGAGUUUGAAGCAAUGUGUGUUCAAAUGCAGGAAUCAAAUGACCAGCUUCUCCAAGCAAAUAGAAAUUAUGAAAACCAGAAACUGAGAUGUCAGGAACUUAUGUCAAUCUGCCAGGAGAAAGAUGACAUGGUCUCUAAAUUACAGACUGCUUUGGACCAAAAUGUGGAGGCAGCUACUAAAGAUAGGGCCUUAAUUAAUAAUAUCAAAGAAGAAAUCCUAAAUUUCAGAAACAACUGUAAAUGUAUGCUGAAAAAAGAUGGUGAACCUAGCAGGGAAGAAAUGAUAAGUCGGGAAACUCAGCAGCUUUUGCAAGAACUGAAAAUGAAAGAGGAGCAGCUGAAUGAACUUCAACUUGAGCGUUGUUCGCUUGAGAAAAAAGUGUGUGAUCUCUCUGAUAGACUGGCAGAGCUGACUCAUGCACAUGAAGCCACUGUGGUGAUGAAGAGAGCAGAGGUCAACAAAGUCACAAAUGAGAACAAGACUCUUGCCAAUGAGUUAAAUGAACUUCAGCAGGCAGUCAAUGAGAUGAGCUCAAAGCUCAAAACUCUGCAGAUAGAAUUGAACACUCAGACGAAGAUUACCAAUGAGUUUUCAGAAGAACUUGAUGCAGCCAAAGCUUUGAUUAAGGAACAUCAAGCAGAGUCUUGCAGUCAGUCCAAAGCUAUUGAAUGCUUAAUGACAGAGGCAGAUCAUUUGCAUCAGGAACUCGGUGCCUGUCAGCUCUUGCGUGACAAAAAGGAGGCAGAAUGUGAGAAGAUGGUUGAGUUAUCUCAUGAGAAGAGCCGACAGAUCAAUGACCUGAAGCAGGAGGUCAGCCAGACCAGAGCAAACAUGUGCCAGCUGGAGGAGCUCUGCAGUCAGCUUAAAUAUGAGCGUGAUGCCCAGGCACAAGAGUACCAGAGCCUACUGAGCCGUUAUGAAGAUCAAAAGUUUGUUGUGGCCCAAAUAAAAAGCAACUCUGAGCUCCUGGAAGAACUGACUGCUCUGAAACAGCAGGGGAGGAUAGAAGAACAAGAGCCAGACUCCAGAGAUGAUUGCUGGAAAACUCUGCAGGACAAACUCAUUCAAAUGCUGAGCAAACUGAACCAGCAUGAGGAAGUUCUGAACAUAGUGAGAACGAUUGUAGAGAAUGAGAUCUCUAAGGCAAGAGAUGAGGCCAAGAGGAGAAUAACUGCGAUGGAGAAAGAUCUGGCUCAUAAAGAUGUUAAACUAGAGACUAAAGCCCUAGAGAUUUCGAAGUUGAGAGAACUUGUGAACGAUGGACUUAAUAAAAUCAAGACCAUGAGUUGUGAUUUGCAGCAGGUGGAGAGAGAGCGAUCUGAUGUCAGAGAUCAGUUAUCAGAGGCUAACAUGCAGAAAGAACAGUUAGAGAAACAGAUUUUGAUCUUAAUUGAAGAAGAAAAGAAAAUGUUUCAGCAGAAGCUAUGUGAAGCAAAUGAGAUGAGGGAUCAGGCUGGACACAGUUUGAUCUGUACAGAACAAUCUAUUGAGCCACCGCAGACUGUGAAGUCUAACCAUGCCAUAGAAGAAGACAACAUUCAGACUUUCCAAACAACCUGUCAGGAUCUUUUGGCAGAGCAGAAGCUGAUUGAGAAGACCUUAAAUAAAGACUGCACACAGACAGAUGAGGAGGAAUUGCUGGAGGCCAGACUGAAUGAGAUUGAAUCCAUAACUGAAGAUCUUACAAAACUCCAGGAGAUGUAUCAGAAACCAAGUGUUGAUGUCUCUGAUGAACCUCAGCAGGAAGAACGGAGAGCUUGCACACCUGCAGAAAACACAAACCAGCCUAAUGAGCAGGCAGAUGAUAAGCAGGAAAAGGGGCUGGAUGGAGCAGCCGUAGGGAAAGUGACUCAGGAACUAUUAAAGCAGCAGCUGGCUGAGAAACAGGAUACCAUUGUGAAAUUACAAAGGGAAAAGGAUUUGGCUGCUUCUCAUAAAUCUGAUACCCAGAAUGUUGGCAGUUCCAAACAGACAUCAAACGUGAAGACAGAGAAUAAAGGCGACUCUUUUAGUCCAGCACAAGAGCAGGUGGCAGUACUCGACUCCUCCAUCCUGUCCACAAAGAGUCUCCGAGAAGAGCGCUUCCCCAAACCUGAGCUAGAAAUCAGCUUUACACCACUUAAACCUGACCGAAUGAAUGUCAGGAAACCAGGAGAAGCAGAGUCUGUCACGAUAAAACUCCGACGUACAGCCAGAAAGAGAAAGAGCCCAGAGAUGGAGAACUCUGUGGAGUCAGAAAAUCGAAAAAAACUACGGCUGAAGGUGAACAACAAGGAAAACAUGCAAUCUAUUGAGACUCCCAUAGUGCAAGGGAAAAAGGUGAGUCAAUUAAAGGAGAAAGACUCUCCUGCCAGCCUGAAAGGUAAAAAAGACGGAGCCCUGCAGAAGAUUGGUGACUUUAUCCAGAGCUCUCCAACCCUCUUUGGGAGCAAAGCCAAAAAGAUCAUGAGCAUGGUGAAUGUUAAAUCCCCCGAACCGCCGAAUCCUUCUGAAAACAACAAACCCAAGAAAUCCAAACGAAAACUCUUCAAGACUCAGGUUUCCUCCCCACUGGACAUACCCUCUCAUCCUAUCAUUGGAGGCAGUGAUGAUAAAGAGAGCGACCAUCUCAUAAUCAAGAGAAAACUCAGAACAAGAACUGCCAAGAGAUAGUCCAAACAUUCAUUUGAUGGCCAAGUAUAAUGUUUU